UCUGAUACAAAUGGGCAGGAUUUUUAUUAUAGGAGGAACAAUGGCGUUGUGAGAGUGUCUCUUAACAACCACUAAUCUGUCAGUGUGGGGAAUGUGAGGAAUCUAGAAGAAGGAGUGGAGAGUCACUCAAAUGUCAUAGUUGGGAGGGAACUGCUAUGUACCUGUACAAGCCCCAGAGAGGAGGCAUGCUGUCCGGCCGAAGUAAGGAAGAGGUCUACAGUUUUGGACUUUGACCGAAGAAUUGUAUCCAUUUAUCAAGACAAAGUGGAGGUAUGGAAACAUGGGAGAUAAGCAAGAUGUCGGCAGCACUGCAAAAAAAUGACUUGGAAGCGUAGCACUAUGAGUCUUAUGGAUUUUGCAAUGGUGCAUGUUCAGAGACCUCCUUAUAUCUAAUCUCGUGAAGCCAAACUUAACCAUGUCAAACUCUCAUGAACAAAGUCUCAAUGAGGAUGUUAUCUUCCUCCCUGUGUCUGAAACGUCCCCGGACUUUCUAUACUCUGAAACUGAACGCUUGGCCCUGGAGAGGCUUUUAAACGUGGGACCAGAAGCGUUCUAUAGCACCGCGGGAUCUGAACAUUCAAGCUGCUUUCUAUCACCUGAAGAAGUUAAUGACAUUACAAACUGGGUCCAGGACUACCACUUGAGUCCACUGCCAAAAGAGGAACACUGGGAUAACGGACUAGACUCUGGUUAUGAGGGUUAUUCGUCCACGUAUUACCCUGCGCAUUCGGACGUCCCUGCCCCGUGCCUGGACCUAGGGUGGCCAGAGAGGAACCCAUGGGGACUAAACGACAGUGUCAGAGUCUACACCAGCCCCCCACCGGAAGGAGAGCCUUCUGUGAGGGAACUUAUACGACAACAUCUGCAAAUGGCCACUCAAGUGAUCGCCAUAGUAACAGACAGACUGACAGACGCCGCUGUGAUCGGGGACCUGCACAACGCUGCCUCUCGUGGGGUCCCGGUUUACAUCAUUUUAAAUCAGAGGUCCACCCAUGAAAGCACUAUUCAACGGCUCAGGCACCCGAACAUGCAGGUGCGGGUGCUCGGAGGAAAGAGUUUCUGUUCGAGGGCGGGUCGGAUGGUGGUGGGAGAAAUGAAAGACAAGUUUGUCAUGGUGGAUUUACAGACUGUGAUUCAUGGCAGCUACAGCCUCACAUGGUCAGACGCCCACCUACACCGGCAGCUUGUCACCGUCCUCACUGGUUCUGUGUUGGACUCAUUCGACCAGGAAUUUAGGAUCCUCUUCGCUGCUUCUUCCCCUAUCCCGGAACCAAGGAGGACUUCUUCUAGCCAAAUAGCCAACCACAUCAACAGCUUUUCGGACAUAUGGCUCCCAAAACAUCUCCCUCUCUUCUCGGAUGCUGAGAUAAACAACCCGCCGUCACCCCCAAGUGACGCCCUGCUGGACUGGGACGCCAUGGGGGUCGUAACAGGAGGGUGCAGUGUCCCAAACAGCCCACUAGAGGAGCGAGAAGAUGUGUUUUUGAAAGAUAAACCAAUACCAGUGAAUAAUGUGAUGAUGAACAAAAAUACCAAAGUUGCGGAUAACUUUUUUAGUAAUAAACACUUGGAUCUGACCAAAAAGAGGUUAAGUGAACCUCCACCUCCACCUCCACCUAUGUCUCCAGUCACAAACAAUGCCCCGAACUUAAUAGACUUUUACAGCGAAAUAAAACCUACACUGAAGGAGCCACCUAUUCCACAGAUAAGCACAGAGACAAGUCAAACAAAACCCAAACUGAAGGAGGUACUUAUUCCAGAGAUGAGCACAGAGACAAGUCAAACAAAACCCACACUGAAGGAGGUACUUAUUCCAGAGAUAAGCACUGAGACAAGUCAAACAAAACCCACACUGAAGGAGGUACUUAUUCCAGAGAUAAGCACCGAGACAAGACAAGCAAAACCCACACUGAAACUGAAGGAGACGCCCAUUCCAGAGAUAAGGAUAGAGCCUGUGGUGGAAAGAACCGUUGCCAGACAAAUUUCUCAGGAGAAUACAAAAUAUGAUAAAUACUUAAAAAGGCCUGAGAGAAAGCCAGAGCCAUUGCACAACUUUAAUGCGUUUCCCCCCAUUAAAAUACAUCAGGAUGUGAAUCAGGAGACUACUGUGAAAGAGGAGAAAAGUGACAGCAACGACGGAUCUUUAAAAAUUGAAAACAAGGCAUCCUCAAGGAAACCUGUGAUUUUAAGGCUGCCCAAAGCUGAAGACACCACCUCUCUCAGUGACAUCAUGAACAGGAUGAAGCUAAAGCAGAGCACACAUGAGUACCCAAGGGAACACCAAAGGGAGCACCAAAGGGAGCACCCAAGGGAACACCAAAGGGAGCACCAAAGGGAACACCCAAGGGAACACCAAAGGGAGCACCAAAGGGAACACCCAAGGGAACACGAAAGAGAGCACCAAAGGGAGCACCAAAGGGAGCACCAAAGAGAGCACCAAAGGGAGCCCCCAUGGGAGCGCUCCAAGACAGCCUUUACAGAGCUGAGCAGGUCCUUAAUGGAUCUGAGUGUCAGCAGCUCAGAGCAGGACGACAAAACAACCCCAGUGCCACGGUUCAGGGCAGGGACGUUCGAUGUGGAGUUUGUGACCCCGGCUUUAGCUCUCAUGCAGAAGAGGAACGACCAUAUCCGUAGCACUCUCUACAGGUCCCCUUUGAACUUCCAGCCCAGAGAGAGACCUCGCAGCUACGCCUUUAGUCCAGACUGGAAGGGCUCUCUGUCUGAGCUGGACACAAAGGACGAAGGACAUUGAAAUAUACUGUUACCUAUUAAAAUGUGUUUUCAUGAAAAUAUGGUGGCUACUUGUGAAUAAAGUGACCCAUGCAGUGUUACUACUUAAUGUAAAGAUACAGAUAAAAACUGGGUUGAAGUUAUGGGAUGUUGACGUCAGUUUAUAAGCUCUUUCUGUAAAUGUGUAAAUAUGUAUUUGCUGCUAUACUUACUUCCUACUUCCUAUUUUUGUGCUUAUGUUCUAUAGGCUUUUAAGAACUUGUAUAGCUGAAAAAAGUUCAUGAACACUUCUUAGAUUAUGUAUUAAUGCAUAAUGUAAUGUAAUGGUGAAUUGUAAAUGAAUGCAUUUAUUUUCACUUUGAGUAGUCUUGUCAAUCUUAAGUGGUUUACUUUUAAAUAGCAUUUUUAGAUCAGUAUGCCUAGACUGGCAAUGUUUACAUGCACACCCCAAAUCUGAUCAUUAUCUGAUUUCUGGAGAUUAUUUAAUUGUCUCUCUGAUUGUUCAUACCUGUGCAGAUUUUGGUAAAAAAAUAAAAAACAUUUUAAAAUUAAACUAAAAUAAAUGUGCAAACUAAUAUGGCUAAGAUAC